AAGGGGUCAUAACAAUGAGAAUUGCAGGACAAGUUAAACCCUAAUCACAUUGCGCGGACGAUGCUACAGUUCACAAAUAUCAGAGAUUUUUCUAUCUUCAUUUCUAAUAUACUUUAAAUGCACAGAUUGAGCUUGUUAAGGUUUGCGUCUCGACGUUUGCUCCGCAAAAACUCGCAGUUGGGGCAUUUCCAGAAGAAUGUAGAAUCAGCUUUUGAUGCAGAGCUGCCUUUGCCCUUUCGACUGCCAUUUCUUCAUUGCCGUUCUUUGUACAAUAGCAGUUUUGUUCAUUUACCAGCUGAUUUCACAAUUCCAAGGAGGUUGGCAACACAACGAUUUAUUCAUGCAACAUCAAGCUGUUAUUCCAAGGUACGUGAUUGCUAUGAAGUUCUGGGUGUACCAAAAAGUGCAGGCCAAGAUGAGAUUAAGAAGGCUUAUCAUGCACUCGCCAAGAAGUAUCAUCCUGAUGCAAACAAAAACAGUCCUGCUGCAAAGAGGAAAUUCCAAGAGAUAAGAGAUGCUUAUGAGACUUUGCGAAAUUCCGGAAGCAGAGAACAAUAUGACAACGAACAUUCUAGGAGAUCAGAAGAUGUAAAAUAUUCUGCAAAUGAUGCAGACGACUUUCGUCGGACUUAUGGGACUCAAUUCUCUGGCUCAUUUCGUGAUGUUUUCUCAGAGAUAUUUGAAAAUAAGUUUGAGGAUCUACCAUCUGAUGUCCAGGUUGAGAUGUCUCUCUCAUUUGCUGAAGCUGUUCAAGGAUGCACAAAGCAUCUGUCAUUUGAUGCAAAUGUUGUUUGUGAUGCUUGCUAUGGCCAUGGCUACCCUCCAACGGCUAGGGAAAUAACUUGUCCAAAUUGUGAAGGUGCUGGGAGAGUUACAAUACCUCCUUUUUCAUCAACAUGUGGUAUGUGCAAAGGGCAUGGGAGAAUUAUUAAGGAGUACUGCAGGGAAUGCAGAGGAUCAGGGACUGUAGAAGGAGUCAAGGAGGUAAAAAUCACAAUUCCAGGAGGUGUAGAUACUGGGGAUACCAUUCGCGUUCCAAAAGCUGGUAAUCCUGGACGAGGAGGUCAGGCUAGCAGCUUAUUCAUUAAGAUAAAGGUUGCCGAAGAUUCUACUUUUACUAGAGAUGGCGCAGAUUUAUAUGUUGACACAACUAUUAGCUUUACACAAGCAAUUCUUGGUGGGAAGGUUGAUGUACCCACUCUUAAUGGGAAGGAACAAAUCAAGAUACCUAAGGGAGUUCAGCAUGAUCAACUUGUAUCUCUAAGAGGCAAAGGUUUGCCCAGAAGUGGUUAUUUUGUAAACCGUGGUGAUCAGUAUGUACGCUUUCGCAUAAAAUUCCCCAGUGCUGUAAAUGACCGCCAACGCAUCAUCCUAGAAGAAUUUGCAAAAGAGGAGAUUGUUCAGGAAAGUGACAUGUCUUUGACGGAACAAUGGAUUCAUCAGCAGCUAUCUACUGGUUGAACUUACAGGUGGCAGAAUAUUAACGACCAUCUUGCAAAUCCAACGGUCAAGUUCGCUGUUUUAAUCCUGACAAUUUUCUUUGUCAUGAAAAUCAUUGUAUGAUGAUGAGAGGCCAGUUUUGUUUGCUGGUGAAACCAAAUCGGUGGUAAUAAAUAGUCGAUAAACAAUGCUGGAUUAUAGCAGGCCGAGACCACUCAAGGAAGGAGAUACGAGAGUUCUCUAAAUCAUCAAAGGUUUUUGCUUCUCCUUUGCCUUUUUUAUUGUUUGUAUCGGUCUACAGAAAUUAUAACCAUUUUGUUUUCUAUAAACUGAAAUCAAUUGAUUGAUGUAUACGAGUUUCCCUUGCGAUAAAAAGGGUGAGGGACCAUGUUAUUUAUAAACGGAAGAGUUUAGUUUUAAGUUGAAUGGCUUAUUGGCCUAUCAUACAAGAGUUUUAUAUCAAAGUAAACUUGUUACCUAUUUGAUGUCAUUGGAAUAAUGCAUGAUUGAA